AAAGGAGGAGGAAGAAGAGGAGAAGAAGAGGAAGAAAAGGAGGAGGAAGAGGAAGAAAUGGAGGGGGAAGAAGAGGAAGGAAAGGAGGAAGAGGAAGGAAAGGAGGAGGAAGAGGAGGGUCCCGAGGGCUCCCCCGCUGCCGAAGCCCCCUCGGACCCCCCCCCGAAGCCGGUGGUACCGGGGGUCCUUUAUUUGUCCUUCCUCCCCCCGGGCUUCGGGCCCCGCCAGGCCCGGGCGCUGCUGCGGCCGCACGGGGAGCUGGGCCGGGUCUUCCUGCAGCCCCACGGAGGCUCCGUGCGGCGGCGGCGGCAGCGCCCGGGGGGACCCCCGGCCGUGGCGUUCGCCGAGGGCUGGGUGGAAUUCCGGGACAAGCGAGCGGCCAAACGCGCGGCCAAAAUCCUGCACGGGGCCCCCAUGGCCCCCCGGCCCCGCAGCCCCUUCCGCCAUCACUACUGGAGCAUCAAGUACCUGCCCGGGUUCCGGUGGCCUCACCUGAGCGAGCGGCUCAGCUAUGAGCGCCAGGUGCGGGCGCAGCGCCUGCGGGCCGAGGUGGCCCAGGCCAAGCGGGAGGGGGGGUUCUACGCCCGCCGCGCCUCCAAGGACCCCCCCAAAACCUCCGGAGACCCCGCAGCCCCUCCCCGGACCUGGGGCUUCACCCAGAGACCGACCGAGGAGGAGAUUUGGAGGCGCAAAGCUCGGCCCCCCCCGGCCGCGCCCCCCCAGAGCCUGCUGGAGAAGGUGUUUGGGACAGGCAGGUGAGACCCUCCCUCAAAUCUGGGGGGGCUCCAGGUGUGUGGAACGCCAGGGCUCUCUCUGGACACCGAUUCCUGUCUCAAGGACCACCAGAUGUUUUAUUUUUCUCCUUAAAGCUUUUAUUACUUUUAACAAAAA